AUGGCCGAAACGUCGGACCUACUGCGGAACACCGAGUGUGACACCGAGAAGCUCAAUGCAGCCUUGAAGGCCAUCAGCUAUGGAGUGCCCCAAGGUCUCUCACGAGUGCCGUGGAUCGAGACGCUGGCUCUUACCAGCACACAGGAGCCCAUCUCUGAGAAAGGCUUAAAGCCUGACGAUCGAGUCGAGAUCGAAAAGGCUAUGUACAGCCAAGCCCAGGAGAGUGUAGUAGAGGCUUUCCGGAGGUUCGCUGCUAUGGGCAUCGAGGCAAAUCGCCCUGAUGACUUCUAUGCUGAGAUGCUCAAGACCGAUCAGCAGAUGGGCAAGAUUCGAGAGAACCUCGCUGACCAACAGAAGCGCAUUGACGUUGUGGAGGAGAGGAAACGGAGGCAGGCCGAGAAGAAGUUUGGGAAGAAGAUGCAGGUGGCGGCAGCUCAAGCUCGUGCUGCACAGAAACGCGAGAACUUGGCUGAGAUUGAGAAAUGGAAGGAGGCCAAGGGGGGAGAUGAGUCUGCUAGCGUUGGGAAGACUCUCGAGAAAGUCUCUAAGAAGGGUGUUCAGCAGGCACCUGCAGUUGAGGAUCCUACUGCUCGCUAUGGCAAGGGAGGAAAGGGAGGAAAAGGAGGAGAGGGAGGAAAGGGAGGGAAAGGGAAGGUGAAUAAGAAGCGCCAGGCAAAGGACAAGAAAUACGGUCAUGGUGGUCCGAAGCGGGUGCUGAAGAACAACUCAGCGGAUAGUUGUCGUGACGUAUCCUCUUUCAAGGCGUCGAAACAUUCUCCUAUGGGGAAGGGUAGGGGAAAAGGAAAGGGUAAAGGAAAGGGCGUUAAGAAGCCCAUUAAAAAGGCUGCUGGCAAACGAUGAAGAGUCUCUUAGCCAUUCUGGCAGCGUCCAAUAUAACUUGUUGCCAUCUUGGUAGCGCUGUUCCUACUUACGAUAUUCUCUACGUUG